GGCAGUCGCCAUUUUCACUGCUGGGCCUCGAACCUCAAGACUUCGUCGCACCCAUGGGGGUGAACUACCAACGAAGCCCCAGUCGUGAUGACAAACCUCAUCCCAAGAAGAGGAUCCCGACCUACAAGGUCCGUAAAGCAGAAGCUCGAGCGUUGGAGGAGGAAGUUCAGGCUCUACACAAACAGCUCGCAGCUCUCCAAGACGCCAAAGACCACGCCAACAUUAAUCUUAUCACUGCCAAGAACCGAAUACUGCGCGAGUGGCUGCGCACGCACGGGAUGGCUGUUGCGUCCACUAGCGCCAUGAUUUUCGACCACCUCUCAAGUCAACCCGAGAACCCGAUCAAAGCGCACAUUCAUUUGCCUAAACAAUGGGCUGCUAGACGGGAGACGCUUGUGAACAUGAAAGACGACAAGUUCAGACACUGUUACGCAUACUUGGCUGCACGCUGCCGUAAUCUGGACAUGACCAAGGACCAUUUUUCCAGUGACCAAUACGAAGACGCAGACGGGAACCUCAUGUGGCAGCCCUUCGAUGUGACUCACUUCCGCGGAGUUAAGUCACUCAAGCAGGUGUUCGACGCAAUGGUGUACUUCAUGUUCAAUAUGGAGAUCAGUAUUUCAGAGACACUGGGUGAUAUUACCGUUCGAGAGGACUACGAUAGCGUUGAUAAUGGCGCCUACAUCUCGAGUCAUCGGUUUACGACUAACCAUGAAUUCGUGACAUCGGAGGUCAACACAGUCUCAUUUGCUCAGUAUUUCGAAGGUCCGAACCCAUUGCAAAGCUCGUCGUGUGCUAUGUUAGCCACCGAUACCAUUGAUGAAGACGAUUUGCACCCAUACAACUCCCGUGAAUUCAUCCGUCGUGAUGUUUCGGCCGCUGUAGUGUUGACCGAAGAAAAUAGUGGAGACGAAGAGGAACGUGUUGUGAUCAUGCGUCGCAUCGCGUUCAUGAAGAUCCACAAUCCUAAAUUUGAAGCUCCGGAGAACGCACUAGUCGACAUGAGCGAGCGAAUUACUCAGUGGCCGAAGGUGAUGAUCCAGACCAUUCGAGACGUAAUUGACGCUCAAUCGCAGUAAUUUACUUGCCUUUUUUAAUUCUUACAAGGCGUCAAUGAAUUCACGUAUCGAUUGCAGCAUGACUCGAAUCCAGCUCGCCGUUCCAUCUCCAAUCGCGGUAAGUGCAUCUGCAGGGACGUCGAAUUGUGGACUAAGAGCCUUCAGGAAGACUGCAGACUGCAUAAUUACAGUCACCUCGUCCUCUUUGACUCUCGGCAUUUCCGUCAUGAAGAGUACCGCGCUCACGUCCAGUCGAACUCUCGAUUUCGGUUCGUAUGGGUGUAAAUCAUCAAUGUCAACAGUGUCAGUGGCCAUAACCACGCACGGACGGUUGUCCAGGAGUGCGUGGUGGUCAUAGCACUUGUCAUAAAACACUUUGUUCGACUCGGUGACAAUUCCACUCUGACGCGCUGAGAUUAAGCGAAAACUGGCAAUGGAUUCAUCACCUCCGACUGUAUCGUAGUCUUCUCUCACUGUAAUAUUGCCCAGUGCCUCCGUUGUGCUGAUCUCCACGUUUGUCAAGAAAAACUUGGCCGCGUCAUAAACCUCUUUCAAUGACUUGAUUCUAACCAAGUGGUUCACCUCAAACCGGUUGCAGCAGAAGUUGCCGUCAGUGUCUUCGUAGCGAUGUUCCGAAGCGUGUCGGUUCUCCAGAUUUAAAUUCUGUGAGCGUGCGAGAAUGUACUGAAGUGCAACGGUGAGCUUUUCGUCUUUGAGAUCCACCAGUAUUUGCUUCCGCUUGUCCCAACACUUUGGCAGAUGAAUGUACGUGUACAGGGGGUUCAUAGGCUGCUUCUCCUACAGCCACAUCGUAAGAAUAAGGAAAUCUAUCAGGUUUUUUUUUUUAAAAAAAAAAGAUUUUAGUUAUUUACCAGAUAAUCCAUUAGUUCGGACUGAGCACCCGCAAAAACCAAUUUUUGGUCCUGCAA